UUGAAAAAAGAACCGCCCAUAUAACAAACCCUACAAAAACCCUUCCAAAACCUCCUCCACUGGCGCUUUCUCGUAACAGGAAGCUGUUCCAAUUUAUGGAAUAUUUCUUGUUCUUCAAGACACAGUCACGAUUAAAUUAAUCAAAACCCUAAAAAACACUCUCUUAAACCUCAAGAUUUUACAAUUUAUCUAUCUUCUCUUAACAUUCUUCAAGGAUUUCAAAAAAUGGGGAAGGCAUAUGCAAUGGGAAUGCUCUCAGCUUUGGCAGCAUCGGCUGCUGCUUCACAAUCAAAUUCUAACAUUUCUUUGGCAGAUGGCCCUUUGAAUUUUUCUUCACUCUUUGGUUCUUCACGUAAUUCAAAUGGGUCUCCGACUGUUCCUCAAUCUGGGCAGCCUCAGCCGUCUGAUUCUUCUGCUGCUGCUGCAGAAUCAGCGCCUCCUAAAGCUAGAAAUGAUAACCCUAGAACGACGUCGUCGGGGUUCGAUCCGGAGGCUCUCGAGAGAGGUGCUAAAGCCUUGAGAGAGAUUAACUCUUCUCCUCAUGCUAAAAAGGUGUUUGAAGUGAUGAAGACUCAAGAAACAACUCGGCAGGAAGAAUUGGCAGCGGAGGCUGCCGAGUUUAAGGCUAGGCAAGCACAUAUUGAAAUUGAGAGGCAACGGGCAAUGUAUGAUGAACAGAAAAAACUUGCUCAGCAACAAGCACAAAUUAAAUCCCAGAUGGCUCGCUAUGAGGAUGAACUGGCCAGAAAGAGGAUGCAGGCUGAACAUGAAAAUCAAAGAGUGAGGAACCAAGAGCUUGUCAAAAUGCAAGAAUCGUCAUCAAUAAAGCAGGAACAAGCUCGGCGAGCCACAGAAGACCAAAUUCAAGCACAACGGCGACAAACAGACAGGGAAAGGGCCGAGAUAGAACGUGAAACAAUCAGAGUCAGAGCUAUGGCAGAAGCAGAAGGAAGAGCUCAUGAAACAAAGCUAGCUGAAGAUGUUAACAGGCGUAUGCUGGUUGAUCGUGUAAAUGCUGAGAGAGAGAAAUGGGUUUCUGCUAUAAAUACUGCUUUUGAUCAUAUUGGAGGGGGUUUCCGGGAAAUUUUGACGGAUCGGAAUAAGUUGGUUGUUGCUGUGGGGGGAGUAACAGCUCUUGCAGCUGGAAUUUAUACAACAAGAGAAGGUGCAAAGGUAAUUUGGAGCUAUGUGGAUAGAAUAUUGGGUCAACCAUCUCUUAUAAGAGAGUCUUCUAGAGGGAAAUACCCUUGGUCAGGAUCCUUUACCCGUGCCAUGAGCUAUUUAUCACGGAGUCCUAAUAAUGGGUCUUCUGGAAAUGGAAAAGGGUUUGGUGAUGUGAUUUUACAUCCUUCUCUUCAAAAAAGAAUAAAACAACUGUCCAAUGCUACUGCAAAUACAAAAUCCCAUCAAGCACCUUUCCGGAACAUGCUCUUCUAUGGGCCUCCGGGAACUGGUAAAACAAUGGCUGCCAAAGAGCUUGCUCGUAAAUCUGGAUUAGAUUAUGCAUUGAUGACUGGGGGUGAUGUUGCGCCACUGGGAUCUCAGGCUGUUACGAAGAUACAUCAAUUAUUUGAUUGGGCUAAGAAGUCUAAAAAGGGUUUGUUGUUAUUCAUCGACGAAGCAGAUGCAUUCCUGUGCGAGCGGAAUAACACGUAUAUGAGUGAAGCUCAGCGAAGUGCACUUAACGCUCUUCUUUAUCGAACUGGUGAUCAGUCCAAGGAUAUAGUCCUAGCUCUUGCCACAAAUCGUCCAGGCGAUCUUGAUUCAGCUGUAGCAGAUCGUAUUGAUGAAGUCCUUGAAUUUCCCUUACCAGGGGAAGAGGAGCGUUUCAAGCUCCUGAAGCUCUACUUAGACAAAUACAUAGCUCAGGCUGAAUCGGCAAAAUCUGGCGGUUGGCGACAAAAUUUGUUAAAAAAACAGCCACAGACGAUAGAGAUCAAGGGACUCACUGAUGACAUCUUGAAAGAGGCUGCAGAGAAAACUGAUGGAUUUUCCGGGAGGGAAAUAGCAAAAUUGAUGGCAAGUGUCCAAGCUGCAGUUUACGGGAGCCGGAAUUGUGUACUCGAUGCAAACUUGUUUCGCGAAGUUGUAGAUUACAAAAUUGCAGAACAUCAACAGAGAAGUGAUAUGGCAUCAAAAUCUGAGCGAGCUGAGUCGAGUUGAAGAGCAUCAUGUUGUUAUCAUUAUUUUCCCCUGGAUCAAUGGGGGAAUUUUGGAUGUGAUUUAUAUUUAAUUGAUAAAUUAUUCAUAUAUAGCUUUUUUAGAGUUAUAAUUCUUAGGCUUUCCACAGUUAAUUUUGUCUUUAAUGUGGAUGAGCGAAGCCAUUUAAUUGCUUCAGUAACUAGCAAAUUGUACUGUCCAGUGUAUUACAUUUUCUGCCAUGGCAUUUCAAUAAUAAAUCAACAGUGGCAUUACUGAACA